AUGCUGCUCAAAGGAAAAAGCAGUUCCGGUAAAGGAGGGGGAAAGUGUGGAGUUGCCUCUGGGAGUGACAGUUCUGACAAGAAGUCUCAGGGUUCCAAAAGUGGUGGCAGAUACAUUCUGUAUGAAAAAUAUGGGAAAAUCAUGGAAGCUAUGGAGAAGUUAAAGUAUAGAAUGAGAUUAAAUACAGUGGCUGCACAUUAUAGUGAAGAUAAAGCCAGGCAAGGGGGUGACUUGGGUUGGAGGACCAGAGGUUCCACAGUGGGACCAUUUCAUGAAGCAGCAUUUGCCUUGCCUGUAAGUGGGCUAGAUAAGCCUUGUGUUUACAGAUCCUCCAGUUAA